UCGCCACGUCCUUCCUUGCUUCCUUUAUUCGUAACUUGGAAGCAUAUCUCUCUCACGUCAUUCUCUUUGUAUAUUAUAUCAUCAAUCCUUCCAAAUUUUGCAGAUUUAGUUUGAUUGUCGAUGUGUAUAUGGAAUGCAAGAUGAGAAACAGUGAUGUUUGUUCAUCGGAGGAGGUUGCCAGACGCGAAGAUGUUUUCAGUUGUCCUCAAUCGGAUGUUUCCUCCGCCGAUCAUCUCGUCGUUAUGGUCAAUGGAAUCCUUGGGAGCAGUUCUGCCGAUUGGAAGUUUGCUGCUGAGCAGUUUGUUAACACAAUUCCAGAUAAAGUACUGGUUCACCGCAGCAAAAGGAAUGCAGCUAUACAAACAUUAGAUGGCGUGGAUGUAAUGGGUGAGAGAUUGUCAUUGGAGGUCCUUGAAGUUAUAAAGCAAAAUCCAAAUCUUCAUAAGAUCUCUUUUGUUGCACAUUCUGUGGGAGGUUUGGUGGCAAGAUAUGCAAUUGGGAGAUUGUAUAGACCUCCUAAAGAAAUUUUGGAGGGUUUAUCAGUUGAAGAUUCUAAAGAAUCGAUGGCCACACUAGGUGGUCUGGUUCCAAUGAACUUUAUUACUGUUGCAACACCUCAUCUUGGUUCAAGGGGCAACAAGCAGGUGCCCUUUCUUUUUGGUGUAUCUGUCUUAGAAAAGGCUGCUGUUCUUGUUAUUCAUUGGAUAUUUGGAAGAACUGGCCGGCAUCUUUUCCUAACAGAUGAUGAAAAAGGAGAGCCUCCCCUGCUUAAACGCAUGUUGGAAGAUUUCGGUGAUUGCCAUUUCAUGUCAGCACUACGCUCAUUUCAUCGCCGGGUGGCAUAUUCAAAUGUUGGCUGUGACCACAUCGUUGGAUGGAGAACAUCAUCAAUUAGGCGUAACAUGGACCUGCCAAAGUGGGAGGAGUCUGUAAAUGAGAAAUAUCCUCAUAUUGUACAUGAAGAACUCUGCAAGGCAUAUGAUGACAAGCAAGUUUUCACCAAUAAUGACAUUAUAAAUGAUUCGGAAGAGGAACUGGUGACCGGCCUUUCUCGUGUAUCUUGGGAAAAAGUGGACGUCAGUUUUCAUAAUAGCAAACUGAGUUUUGCUGCUCAUAGUGUUAUUCAGGUCAAAGAUAAUUACCUGCAUACAGAUGGUGUAGAUGUUAUUCAACAUAUGAUAGAUCAUUUUUGUGUUUAAAAGUCCCAUCAACCAUUCAAUAUCAAUCCUACUUGGGAAAGAAAACAGAGGUUUUAUGAAGGUAAAGAAAACAUCAUAUAUUCAUAUGUGAAUAUAUGAUAUUUCAUUUCCCAGGAAGCUGCAAUCCAUAAAAUUGUUUUCACUUUUCAAGUACUUUAUUCAUCUAUGAAUUUGGUGAAGCAUUUUAAAUGUAUUGUUGAUUCUAGUUCACCCAC